AUGCCGGUCUUCUGGGACGGGGCACGUAAAGGUCUCCUUGUGGGUACUCUUGAUGUCGUGUUGGACUCCAGUGCCAGAGUGGCACCAUAUCGAAUUCUCUACCAAGCACCAGACUCCUUGGUCUAUUGGACUAUCGCCUGUGGUUGCUCAAGGAAGGAAAUCACUGAGCACUGGGAAUGGCUUGAACAGAAUUUAUUGCAAACUCUUUCAAUCUUUGAAAAUGAGAAUGACAUAAAUACGUUUGUCAGGGGAAAAAUACAGGGCAUCAUCGCUGAGUACAACAAAAUCAAUGGCAUCAAGGAGGAUGACGAUACAGAAAAAUUUAAGGAAGCCAUAGUGAAAUUUCACAAGCUAUUUGGGAUGCCGGAAGAAGAGAAAUUAGUGAACUACUACUCCUGCAGUUACUGGAAGGGGAAGGUUCCCCGUCAAGGCUGGGUGUAUCUCAGCAUUAAUCACCUUUGCUUUUACUCUUUCCUCAUGGGCAGGGAAGCAAAGUUAGUUAUCCGCUGGGUUGAUAUCACUCAGCUUGAGAAGAAUGCUACACUGCUCUUCCCCGAUAUGAUCAAAGUGAGCACAAGGUCAAGUGAACAUUUCUUCUCAGUAUUCCUUAAUAUCAGUGAGACAUUUAAACUAAUGGAACAGCUUGCCAAUAUAGCUAUGCGACAGCUUUUGGACAAUGAAGGGUUUGAACAAGACAGGUCGUUACCUAAACUGAAAAAGAAAUCCCCCAAAAAAGUAUCUGCCCUAAAACGGGAUCUUGAUGCCAGAGCAAAGAGUGAGAGAUACCGUGCAUUGUUUCGACUUCCCAAGGAUGAGAAACUAGAUGGACACACAGACUGUACUCUCUGGACUCCAUUCAACAAAAUGCAUAUUUUGGGUCAGAUGUUUGUUUCUACAAACUACAUUUGCUUUACUAGUAAAGAAGAGAACUUGUGCAGCCUUAUUAUCCCUCUUCGAGAGGUGACAAUAGUGGAAAAGGCAGACAGCUCCAGUGUGUUGCCCAGCCCGUUAUCAAUCAGCACAAAAAACAGAAUGACAUUCCUCUUUGCCAACUUGAAAGACAGAGACUUUCUUGUACAGAGGAUCUCAGACUUUCUGCAACAAACCACUUCAAAAAUAUACUUGGAAAAAAAUAUUUCUGGAAGCUGUAUCAGCUCAGAUGAUGAGGUGUUUACAAGAUCAAGUAGUUUAAUUUCUGCCAGCCCUCAUAAAAGCCUCAGCUCUGAGUCGGAGGGAGAGCGACAGUUCAACCUCAACGACAAUGGCGUUCCAACAGCAACUCAAGCUUUAAUGACUAUGUAUCGGCGGAGAUCACCUGAGGAGUUCAACCCAAAGCUGGCUAAAGAGUUUCUGAAGGAACAGGCCUGGAAGAUUCACUUUGCUGAAUAUGGCCAAGGAGUCUGUAUGUAUCGUACAGAGAAAACCAGAGACCUUGUGCUGAAAGGCAUUCCAGAAGGCAUGAGAGGGGAACUUUGGCUACUAUUUUCAGGAGCCAUUAAUGAAAUGGCCACUCAUCCUGGCUAUUAUGAGGACCUAGUGGAGAAAUCGAUGGGGAAGUAUAAUCUUGCUACAGAAGAGAUAGAGAGGGAUCUGCACCGCUCCCUUCCGGAACACCCUGCAUUCCAGAAUGAGAUGGGUAUUGCUGCUCUAAGGAGAGUCUUGACAGCUUAUGCUUUUAGAAAUCCAAACAUAGGAUAUUGUCAGGCUAUGAAUAUUGUCACUUCAGUACUCCUCCUUUAUGCAAAAGAGGAGGAAGCUUUCUGGCUGCUGGUGGCUCUGUGUGAACGUAUGCUACCUGACUACUACAAUACAAGAGUUGUUGGAGCAUUGGUGGAUCAGGGUGUCUUUGAAGAGUUGGCUCGUGACUAUGUUCCACAGCUUUAUGACUGCAUGCAGGACUUGGGUGUAAUAUCCACCAUUUCUCUGUCCUGGUUCCUCACUCUUUUCCUCAGUGUGAUGCCAUUUGAAAGUGCAGUGGUGGUUGUGGAUUGUUUCUUCUGUGAAGGAAUAAAGGUGAUAUUUCAAUUAGCGCUCGCUGUCCUCGAUGCUAAUGUAGACAAGCUGCUUAACUGUAAAGAUGAUGGAGAAGCCAUGACAGUCUUGGGAAGAUACUUGGACAGCGUGACUAAUAAGGACAGCACUCUUCCACCCAUUCCUCAUCUUCACUCGCUGCUCAGUGAUGAUGUAGAGCCUUAUCCUGAGGUGGAUAUCUUCAGACUAAUCAGGUCUUCCUAUGAGAAAUUUGGAAGUAUCCGAGCAGAUUUAAUUGAACAAAUGAGAUUCAAACAAAGGCUGAAAGUUAUCCAAACCCUUGAAGAUACUACAAAGCGCAAUGUGGUACGAACUAUUGUGACAGAAACUUCUUUUACUAUCGAUGAACUGGAGGAACUUUACGCUCUUUUCAAGGCCGAACAUCUGACUAGCUGCUACUGGGGAGGAAACAGCAAUGCUAUUGACCGGCAUGACCCCAGCCUGCCUUAUCUGGAGCAGUACCGAAUUGACUUUGAGCAGUUCAAGGGGAUGUUCUCUCUCCUCUUCCCUUGGGCAUGUGGAACUCAUUCAGAUGUGUUAGCUGCGCGCUUAUUCAGGCUUCUUGAUGAAAAUGGAGACUUGCUCAUCAACUUCCGUGAAUUUGUCUCUGGGCUAAGUGCAGCAUGCCAUGGAGAUCUUGCAGAGAAGCUGAAGCUACUGUAUAAAAUGCAUGUUUUGCCUGAUCCAUCUCCUGAGCAAGAAGAACCAGACUCUGCUUUUGAAGCUACUCAGUACUUUUUUGAAGACAUCACACCAGAAUGUACACAUGUUGUUGGCCUGGACAGCAGGAACAAACAAGGAGUGGAUGAUGGGUUUGUUACAGUGAGUCUGAAAACCGACAAAGGCAAGAAGAACUCACAAGAGAAUCGAAAUUAUCUGAGAAUGUGGAGCCAAGAGAACAAAUCCAAAGCAAAAAACACAAAGGACUUGCCCAAACUGAAUCAGGGACAGUUCAUUGAACUGUGCAAGACAAUGUACAAUAUGUUCAGUGAAGACCCCAAUGAACAAGAUCUGUACCACGCUACCGCUGCUGUGACAAGCUUGCUUUUGGAGAUAGGUGAAGUUGGUAAGCUCUUUGGUGUGCAGCCCACAAAAGAGACAGACAGCAGCAGUAACAAUUGCAGCAAAACUAUUCCGAGUGAGCUGUUUCAGAAGAAGGAGCACCAGCAGUACCCCCUGGAACAGCCCAAGCCCUUCCAAAGCAGCCUUGCCACCAGCGAUGAGGAGGCUGUUUGCACUGACAGCACCCUGGGCAUGCAGAUGGAAGAUAUUAAGCUCGAAGACUCUUCUCCCAGGGACAAUGGAGCCUGUUCUUCCAUGCUCAUUUCUGAUGAUGAUACAAAAGAUGAUAGUUCAAUGUCCUCCUACUCAGUACUGAGUGCAGGUUCGCAUGAAGAAGAAAAGCUGCACUGUGAGGACAUCAGUGAAGACACCGUUUUGGUACGGAGCAACCACACCACUUCUCUCCGUAGAAGCACGAGCAUUGACAGAGACUGGGCCAUUACCUUUGAACAAUUUUUAGCCUCCCUUUUGACUGAGCCGGCACUGGUUAGGUACUUUGACAAGCCUGUGUCCAUGAUGGCUAGGAUUACUAAUGCUAAAAACAUAAGGAUGAUGGGUAAACCAAUAACCUCAGCCAGUGACUAUGAAAUCUCUACUAUGUCAGGAUAA